AUGCAUCGAAUACUUCGACGUAUUCCAAGAUAUGGGCUGAUUUUGCAAAGGCCGAGAAUACACUGGCACUCACUUACCACUACAUCUUCUUCUUCUUCUACAUCGAAAGGACACAUACCAUUAACCACAAGUCUAUCAGAACCACCACUCGAUGCAAAACCAAACAAUGACCAUCACCACAGAAUCCUCAACAAGUUGAAACCGAUACAACCGAAUGAUCUAUACGUUUCAUGUACUAUAUUUGACUCCAAAGGUAACAUCACCUCCGUGUCGAAAAAAUACCCCAAGAUGCAAUUUCUAAAAGAAAACCACUUGUUUCCAAGAGAUCUACGAAAGAUCGAUACUUCAUCGAUUGACGUUGUCCCAACAAUCAUGAUACGUCCAUCAAAUGCCAUAUUGGUCAACUUGUUGUAUAUAAAAGCCAUAAUCAAGAAGAACUCGGUCAUGGUGUUUGACACUUCCAAUAGUGAAGUGGCGACGAAAUUGGGUAUAUUGAUGUACGAUUUAGAAAUGAAGUUGAAGUCGUCAUCAAAUUCCACAUCUAUGCCAUACGAGUUCAGGGCAUUGGAGCUGAUUUUAGUUAGUGUGAUGAGUUACUUGGAAGCGGAAAUCAAGACAUAUAUUUCCAGUUGUGGGAUGAUUUUGGGAGAGUUGGAAAACCAAGUUGAUCGAAAGAAGUUGCAGGAACUAUUGAUACGACUGAAACAAUUGUCUAGUUUCCACCAAAAGGCAUUGUUAAUCAGAGAUGUGUUGGAAGAAUUGUUGGAAAACGAUGAAGACUUGGCAGGCAUGUAUUUAAGCAAGCCAAAAAUGCCAGGAAAUGAACAAGAAGAAAGUUUUGAGGAUUUGGAAAUGAUUUUGGAGAGUUAUUAUAGACAAUGUGAUGAGUGUGUUCAACAAGCAGGUAGUUUAUUGAAUGAUAUUCGCGCCACUGAAGAAAUUGUCAAUAUCAUUCUUGAUGCAAAUAGAAAUUCUCUCAUGUUGUUUGAGUUGAAGGUUACGGUUUACACAUUAGGCAUAACUGUUGCAACGUUAAUCCCAGCGUUUUACGGAAUGAACUUGAAAAAUUACAUUGAAGAUUCAAAUUUGGGAUUCGCGGCGGUGGUUGUGUUUUCUCUUAUACAAGGAGGGCUAAUAACGUGGUUUAAUUUCAAGAAAUUGCACAAGGUUCAAAGAUUAACAAUGAUGGGGACUAAUGAUUCUUCAAUGAAUGUGUCGUCAUCAACUUAUUCUUUAGCAAUUAAGAAAAACAGUCUGUUUCUACGUCGCUUAAUCUUUGGUUCGGGGACAUACAGGAGGAGAAAUUUUGAUAGACCUACAAAGCGAGAGAAGGAUGUUAUAUGGCGUAUGAUAAAUGAUGAUAGACCUAGACAUUAA